AGUUAAGGCCGUUUGUUACAUCUCUCUGGAUUGGCUGUGAAUAAUUUAGUUGACCUUGACCGGAGUUUUCAAGAUGGCGUCAGCAUGCAAGGUUCUGACAAGGUUGUCCGGCCUCAGACGACCUGGCCAUGUUCGUCACAUGUACACAGAAACACGGAAAAACCUGUUGAUAGGUUCCCACACAAAGCUUAUCUGCCAGGGCUUUACAGGCAAACAGGGCACGUUCCACAGCCAACAGGCUAUUGAGUAUGGCUCACAGAUGGUUGGUGGAGUGUCUCCAGCCAAGGCUGGACAGACCCAUCUCGGACUCCCAGUCUUUGCCAGUGUCAAGGAGGCUCAAGAAAAGACGGGUGCAGAUGCUACAGUGGUUUUCGUACCCCCACCUUAUGCUGCAACAGCCAUCAUUGAAGCCAUCGAUGCAGAGAUCCCACUAUGCGUGUGUAUCACCGAGGGCAUCCCCCAACAGGACAUGGUCCGAGUCAAACACAAGCUGGUCAGACAGAACAAGACCAGGCUCAUCGGACCAAACUGUCCUGGGAUCAUCAAGCCCGGAGAAAUUAAGAUUGGAAUCAUGCCGGGACACAUACAUUUGAAAGGGAGAAUAGGAAUUGUAUCUCGAUCUGGCACUUUGACAUAUGAAGCCGUACACCAGACUACCGAGACAGGUCUUGGGCAGUCCUUGUGUGUUGGAAUCGGUGGGGAUCCCUUCAAUGGCACAAACUUCGUGGACACCCUUGAGUGCUUCUUACAAGACCCCCACACAGAAGGUAUUGUCCUGAUUGGAGAAAUUGGUGGUGGAGCUGAAGAGAAAGCUGCUGAGUUUCUGAAAGAACACAACAGGGGACCAAAUGCCAAACCAGUGGUUUCGUUCAUCGCAGGUUUGACUGCUCCCCUUGGGCGUCGUAUGGGACAUGCUGGUGCCAUCAUUGCUGGUGGUAAGGGGGGUGCCGAGGAGAAGAUCGAGUCUCUGAGAGCAGCAGGUGUUGAUGUAACCAUGUCCCCAGCUCAACUAGGAGUCGCAAUGGCCAAGGCUAUGCAGAAGGCAGGGAGAUAACUGCUGCUGGAAUGAAUGGCUGUAACUGUGUGCCAGGAGUGCGACCUUUCAUUCAUGUACAGUGUUACCAGUAGUCAGUCUUGGGUUAAGUUGGUAGUAGGUGCCAUACCAUUGGGGCAACUUGUUUACUCACUGCCUGGAUGAUGCAACCCGUAACCAGAGUGCUAAACAUCAGUGACAGUAGGAGGGUCAACUGCAUGCUGUAUUCGUUAUCCUUUGUUUCAUCAGACAUAAGCAUGUCAAAAUGGAAAUAGGUCUCACAGCUCUUCAAAAUUGGUUGAAUAGGACACAAAAUGAAAUGGUUGAAUGACUGGUUUGAUUUUGACUUGUUUGCAAGGGUAAGUAGUGGUGUGGGCAUUGCAUUAGAAAUAUAACUUUAUUGGAAUCUGUGAUAUUAUGUUUGCAUCUGUUUAUGACAGUAGAUUUGCAUUCUCUAUAUGUGUAAACAGAUAUUUACUGAUUGUAGGUUCCCCUAUCAUGACCCUCAGUUUUGCAAUAUGCGAUAGUGCAGCACCCAGUUGUGUCCAAUGAAUGGCAUUAUCCUUCACAGAAUUACUCCAACAAUCACAGAGAAUGUUAAUGUAAUAAAGUUAUAUUGUUCAUAAUUUUAUGUUGAUUGAGAAUUGAUAUUUCCUGUACCAAAGGUCAAAUAAACCUAAGUUUGACCCUU